AUGCUCACGGAGGAGGACAUCGUCGACAAGUUCUUCUACCAGUACCCUGACCACCCGAAGCUCCUGCAGGCGGAGCAGCCCUUUGCCGAGAUCCUCGCCGACACCUCAUCAUCCGCCGCCCAGGAGUCCUUUGCCUCCUCCACCUCCAUCUUGACGGCCAGCCAAGGAAACAACACGGACUUCAUGGUCUCCGGGUGCCAGGUACAGGAUCCAGUCUUCUUCUUGAACGGCACAGGCACGGUGGAGCCCAAUAGUAUGGUUAUGGUGUUUCCCAGCGAGAGCAGCACCAGCAUGAACAUGCUGUCGAGCAUGGAAUUCUUCAAAGGCAUGGAGGAGGCCAACAUGUUCUUGCCCACAGACGAUGUGAUGGUGGAUGGUAGGGGGCGUAAGAAGAGGUCUGGCAUGGAUGGUGAGGCGGAGGCGGGCUUGGGCAGGAGCAGCAAGCAAAUAGUGGUGCUGCUGCAUAGUACUACUACCUUGGAGGAGGAGGAAGCCACCGCGCUGGAGAUGUUGGACCGGCUCAUCCUCAACGGCUACGAAGCAUGCCCGAGCGAGAUGCAGGAGGUAGUACGUGUCACCUGGGAAGACAAGGAGAACAAGGCAGCACGGCAGAGCAUCUCCAGGCGUGGGAGGCGCGGGGCGAGGCAUACAGUGGUGACUGACCUAGAGACUCUGCUGACCCGCUGUGCAGAAGCAGUGGUCAGCAACGACGUGCGUGGCGCGGGCAAGCUGCUGGAGCGGAUCAAGUGUCACUCGUCGCCGACAGGGGACGCUAGGCAGCGGCUGGCGCACUACUUCACCCAGGGGCUGGAGGCACGGCUGGCUGGCACGGGGAGCCGACUGUACAGAUCACUCAUGGGGAAGCGCACCUCAGUCUUGGAGCUCAUCAGGGCCUUCCAUCUGCACACGGCCGUGAGCUGUUCGAUCAAGGUGGGGUUGCUCUUUUCCACCAACACCAUCUACAAGGCCGUUGCAGGGAGGAGGAAACUGCACAUUGUGCACUACGGCAUGACCACCGGGUUUCAGUGGCCGGACUUGCUCCGGUUGCUGGCGAAUAGGGAGGGUGGGCCACCGGAAGUGAGGAUCACCGGCAUCAACACCCCUCUGCCCGGGCCCUGUCCGGAUGCACUGAUGCAGGAGGCAGGGCACCGGCUCGACAAUUGCGCGAGCCAGUUCGGCGUGCCAUUCAAGUUCCACGCCAUCGCAUCCAAGCCGGAGGAUGUCCGGGCUGAGGACCUGCACAUCGAUCCAGAUGAGGUCCUGGUCGUGAGCAGCCUAUACGAGUUCAGGACCUUGAUGGACGAGAGCCUCACCUUUGACAUGGUAAGCCCAAGGGACAUGGUACUCAAAACUAUCAGGAAGAUGAGGCCGUCUGUGUUCAUCAGUUCCGUCGUCAAUGGACCAUACGGCGCGGCGUUCUUUAUGACGCGGUUCCGCCAUGCGCUCUACUACUUCACGGCGUUGUUCGAUGUUAUGGAGACCACCGUCCCAUGGGAUGGCGACAAGAGACUUCUGGUGGAGCGGGACAUACUUGCACGGUCCGCCAUAAACAUGAUCGCCUGUGAAGGCACAGACCGGGUGGAGCGCCCUCAGAACUACAAGGAGUGGCAGGCGCGGAACCAGCGAGCGGGGCUAAGGCAGCUGCCAUUGGACCCUGAUAUCGUUCUGAUGCUCAGGGACGAAGUGAAGAAUAGGUACCACAAGCAUUUCAUGAUCAGCGAGGAUCACCGGUGGCUUCUGCAAGGAUGGAAAGGUCGGGUGCUCUAUGCCCACUCCACAUGGGCAGCUGCUGAUGCUACUGGCUCUCCAGUGUGA